CAUCUAAGAAAGGUGCUAUUUCAAAUAUCGUGUCGACGAAUAUUGUAGGAUGUGCCAAUUGGCUGUCGGAUUGAAAAUUUUUAAAAUAUCUAGGAAAAAUAUUGGGAAUAACCAAUCGGCAUAUUCGAUAAUACUCGUACGACAUGUGGAAUUAGCACCAGAGGAAGAAUUUGCCGACGUAUCCAGCCAAUAACAGGCCUUGGUGCAGUGAAAAUGAAUAGACCUAACAAAUGAUAAGAUAUAAAACAAGAAUUAACAACCAAUCAAGAUAAUCAAGAAUUAACAACUAAGAGUAAAACUAAUAAAUUAUAACAAUGGAGAAAGAAGAGAUUUCUCAAUACUUUGACAGUAUCAUUAGAAAUGAAACAGACGUAUCUGCCGGCAUGGCUGCUAUUCGUACUUUAUUAAAAGUUUUGGAACAUUCUAAAUCAGAAACGGUUCAAGAACUUCGGGUUUGUUUACAAGAAGCAAUAGAUGCAAUGCGUUCUACAGAAAAUCCUGUUACUGCAAUUGCCUCUGGGAGCGAAUUGUUCCUUCGUUUUAUUACAUUAGCAACGCUGGAUACACCUUCAUUUGCAGUAUGCAAAGGUAUCAUGUUGGGUAGAGGUAAAGCAUUCUAUGAGAAACUUGUUGUUGCGCGAGGAAAAAUAGCCAAGGCAGCAGCACAAUUUAUUACUGAUGGUUCAAUUAUACUCACACAUUCAAAAUCAAGAGUAGUACUGCAAGCAAUGAAGGAAGCUGCUGCUAGUAACAAAAUAUUUGAAGUAUACGUAACAUCAUCAUCACCUGAUAACAGCGGAGAAGAGAUGUGUCGAAACUUGACAAAUCUAGGAAUAUCUUGUACAGUAAUCUUGGAUUCUGCUAUGGGAUAUGUGAUGGAAAAAGUGGAUAUGGUAAUGGUUGGAGCAGAAGGUGUUGCAGAGAGUGGCGGUGUAAUCAACAAGAUAGGCACAAACACAAUGGCCAUCUGUGCGAGAGAAAUGAAGAAACCAUUUUAUGUAUUGACGGAAAGCUUCAAAUUUUCGAGAAUCUACCCUUUAAAUCAGAUAGAUUUGCCCGACGAGUUUAAAUACACGUCCAGUACUUUAAACAAAAACUUAAAGAAAGAACAUCCUAUGGUGGAUUAUACUCCACCGCAAUAUAUCAAUCUGUUGUUCACCGACUUGGGAAUUCUAACACCUUCAGCUGUUAGUGACGAACUUAUCAAAUUAUAUUUGUAACUUUGAGAAUUUGUUAUUUUCGUUUUUGUCUAAGAAAAUAAAAUCCUCCGAGAAGGAAAAACAUGUC